UCCGCUGGGCCGCACUAAUAACCCACAUCCAAUCUUUAUAAUGACUGAGACUGGCUAUGAGGAUAACACUGCCUUUCUUGGAGAAUGGGGACCUUUCCAACAGAUGGUGUUCUUUCUCUUAUGUUUGAGUAUCAUCCCCAACGGCUUUACAGGUAUGUCUAUUGUGUUCAUCGGUGAUACACCAUCCCACCAUUGCCUCAUACCCGCAAAUGCGAACAUUACUGGCGAAUGGAGAAAUCACAGUAUUCCUUUGGAGGAGGAAAGCGGGACUAUUGUGCUCAGUAAAUGCGCCAGAUACAAACUCGAUGUCAUAAAGAGUUUCUCAGAAAGAGGUUAUGUCCCAGGGAUCGAUGUCAACGUUUCCGAAAUACAACACGAGACCUGUUUGGAUGGCUGGGAAUACGAUCGGGGGACGUACAUCUCAACUAUUGUGUCCGAGUGGGACCUGGUGUGUGCUGAUAAGUGGAAGAACCCAUUGACCUCUUCUGUGUUCUUCUGUGGUGUCCUCACUGGCUCCUUCCUCUCUGGCCAGCUCUCUGACAGGUUUGGGAGGAAAAAUGUUCUCUUUGCCACCAUGGGAGUUCAGACUGUGUUCACAUUUAUCCAGGUCUUCUCUCCAUCCUGGGUUGUAUUCUGUGCCUUAUCCUUUGUUGUCGGGAUGGGGCAAAUCUCAAAUUAUGUGGCUGCAUUUGUGCUAGGAACUGAAAUUUUAUCUCCAUCCAAACGGAUAAUUUACUCCACACUUGGAGUUUGUAUGUUCUACACCAUUGGCUACACGCUCCUUCCAGCAGUGGCCUUAUUCAUCAGAGACUGGAGGAUGCUGAUGCUAGCCCUCAGCCUCCCAGGCUUCCUCUAUGUCCCUUUUUGGUGGUUCAUCCCAGAGUCCCCCAGAUGGCUGCUCUCUCAGGGAAGAGUGGAGGAGGCUGAGGCCAUACUGAGAGAUGCUGCCAGGARGAACAGAGUCACAGCACCCGAGGUCAUCUUCCGGCCUGUACAGUUAGAGCCCAAGGCUGGGAAGUUGGUGGCCCACAACAUCUGUGAUCUGGUGAGGUCCAGCAACAUCCGUUGGGUGUCUAUCACGCUGUGGCUGGUCUGGACCAUUCUGUCCAUCGGGUACUUUGCCUUGUCACUGAACACGUCCAACCUGGCGGGGAGCUCAUAUCUGAACUGUUUUCUGUCAGCUGCCAUUGAGGUCCCUGCCUAUACCAUGGCCUGGCUCAUGUUCCGCUGCUGCCCCCGGCGCCUGUGUCUCUUCUCCACUCUGUUUCUGGGUGGGGURGUGCUGCUCUGCAUAAACCUCAUACCACCAAAUCUGAGCUCUGUGUCCACUGCACUAGAGAUGCUGGGGAAGUUUGGUGUGACUGCAGCUUUUUCCAUCGUGUACGCCUACACGGCUGAGCUCUACCCCACUGUCGUGAGGAACACAGCCAUAGGGGCCUGUUCCAUGGCCUCCAGAGUGGGCAGCAUCUCUGCCCCAUACUUCAUCUAUCUGGGGGGCUGUUCCAAGUCGCUGCCAUACAUUCUAAUGGGGAGUCUUACAGCUCUGUCUGGGUUGCUUAGCCUCCUGCUGCCUGAGAGCCAUCGUAUGCCUCUUCCAGACACCAUCACUCACAUGCAGACCUUCCCAGGAUGGAAAAAGAGACCAGUGUAUAAACUGAGCCAAACUACAGGAGAGGAAGAUGUGUCCGAUACUUUGUGACAGCUACUGGACACUGCAGUUGUUCUUUCAACAUGUAUUUGUAUUACCAAGUUGUGUAACUAACCAAGAAGCUUAUAAAGCUUUUUCUAUGCAUUUUAUAUGUGCGAAGUAUCAGUAUUAUUUAGCAUAUUUUGUACUUACAGUUGAAGUCGAAAGUUUACAUACACCUUAGCCAAAUACAUUUAAACUCAGUU